AUGAAAAAUGCAAGGAAACUGUCUCCGCCUUUUUUUCUUUUCUUGGUCUCUGUUCACGAUGUAGAAUAUCUGUCGCUUUCCACACGUUCCACGCUCUGGAAGAUUUCGUUUUCUUUGCCAUCUCUUCCUCACCAUUUUAUUGUCUCUAAAUGCGCAUGCGCUUCUGCUAUACACUCUUUCUUUCUUUGCGUUGCAUUCCACGUGAUCCGCCCCCCCCGCAAUUCUCUCACGUUCAAUCGAUCUUUUACUCACACCCCUCUUUUAUUGAUCUCCCUAUUACCGUUGUUGUCUCUUAAAUUUCUUCACCCUCUCUUUCUCUCUCUCUCUAUCUCUCUUUCUAUUAAUCAUCUCUCUCUCUCCCCAUCUCUCUCUCCUUCUCUCUCUCCCUGCAUCUCUCUCCCUGCCUCUCUCUCCCUCUCUCUCUGUCUCUUUUCCUCUCCCCUCUCUCUUCCUCUCCACACCUCUCUCCUUUUCUCCCUCCCUCUCUCUCUCUCGCCUCCUCUCUCUCUGCAAAUUAAGAUUCAUCUUUUUCUUAUGCUUCAUAUUCUACCUCAUGUUUUUUUUUCAAAUUCAUCUCACAUACAACUUUCUUUUUCUGUCUUUUUAAUAUUCUCGCUCUCUCAUAAUCUUUCUAUCUUUCUAUUUCUCUCUCAUUCUCACUCUAUCUCUCUCUUUUCUCUCUUUAUUCUCUGCCCCUCUUUCUCUCUCUCUUUCUCUUUCCCUUUCUUUCUCUCUUUUGCUAGAUCACUAUUACUUUUAAUCUAA